GGGUUCUUCUCUUUCCUCUCCCCUUUCUCUUUCCUUUAGGUAUUGUUUGGAUUGGAGGUGUCGGACAGAGAGGGAGGGGAAGGGAUGGGGACGGAUGGCAAGGGAGGGGGAAGCGAGGGGGGGCUGUCUCCUUCCUCCUGUUUGGGUUUCCAAAGAGGCAGAGGGGGAGGGAGAUGGACUGAUUCAGACUCCCUCCAACCACCCUCAAAUUUGCAGAUUUGCAAUCCGUCCGAUUUUGGGGCGGACUUGCUGGGUAUCCAUCCCAGCAGAACUGUUGGGUUCUCCAACCUAGCGGAUUCACUAGGUUAUUUUGAACCCCGCAGCUACUGGGUUUCAAACCCAGCAGCUGCACUAGGUUCUUCAAACCCAACAGGCCUCGGAUGAGGCAAUUUGGUUUGGUGAUGACGAUGAAUUUGUUUGAUGAUGAUGAUGAAUUUGUUUGAUGAUGAUUGUUUGAUUUAGAAUAAAUGAAGAAGAUUCGA